AUGGCCUGUGGUCAGAGACAAUGGCUAGCGGGGCUUAUAUGGGCCGCGCUUGGCUCCGUUUUGGCGGACUCGUGGACGACCUAUCAGGAGCAACCGUGCUGUCGCCCCGUUUCUCAUCAUCGCGUCCGCCAUCAUAGAGAUCACAUCAGAGAGUUCGCGUGUGGUACCCUUUUUUACCGUUCGUUAUACAUAAGUGAGGAAAGAAACACCCUCUACGUCGGCGCUAUGGACCGAAUUUUUAAACUUAACUUGACAGAUAUAAGCCAAUCACACUGUGAGAGAGAUGCGUUAUUGCUGGAAGCGAGUAAUGUAGCACGUUGUGUGAGCAAAGGAAAAUCGGAGCCGUUCGAAUGCAGAAACCACAUACGGGUGCUACAGCCGUUAGGUGAUGGAGAACGCUUGUACGUGUGCGGUACAAACGCUCAUAGCCCCAAAGACUGGGUGGUCUACUUAAAUCUAACGCACCUACCGCGGCACGAAUACGUGCCAGGAGUGGGCCUCGGUGUGGCCAAGUGCCCCUAUGACCCGGCGGACAACAGCACUGCAGUGUGGGUCACGAGGGGCAACCCCGGCGGCCUGCCAGCUCUUUACGCCGGGACAAAUGCCGAGUUCACUAAAGCGGAUCCAGUCAUUUUCCGAAAUGACCUAUUCGAUUUUCGGACGGGUCAGAAGAGAUUCAACUUCAAGAGGACGCUGAAGUACGACUCCAAAUGGUUAGACAAAACCAAUUUUGUGGGGUCGUUCGACGUUGGGGAGUACGUUUUGUUCUUUUUUCGGGAAACUGCCGUGGAGUUCAUGAACUGUGGUAAAGCUGUGUAUUCUCGUGUGGCGAGAGUGUGCAAACAGGACACCGGGGGGAAGCACAUACUGAGCCAAAAUUGGGCUACUUACUUAAAAGCCAGGCUCAACUGUAGCAUACCUGGCGAGUUUCCCUUCUACUUCGAUGAAAUACAAAGCGUGUACCAAAUGCCGGGUGAUCCGAGUAAAUUCUACGCCGCGUUCACGACUGGCGCCAGUGACGGCCUGGUCGGUUCAGCUAUUUGCACUUACACGAUGGAAGAUAUCCAAGAAGCUUUCGCUGGGAGGUUCAAAGAACAAGCAACAUCAAGUUCAGCCUGGUUACCAGUCCUGCGUGCCAGAGUGCCGGAACCGCGACCAGGCACGUGUGUCAACAACACCGAGGCCCUUCCUGAUAACGUGCUUAACUUUAUCAGAUCGCAUCCUUUAAUGGAUUCAGCAGUAAGGCAUGACGGUGAUACUCCUCCCUUCUACAAACGUGACCUAGUCCUUACUACCUUAGUUGUAGACCGGCAGACGGUUGAUAUGCUAGCUGAAGAUAUCACGUACACCGUCUUCUAUGCAGGAACAAGUGCCGGUGAAGUGUACAAGAUAGUACAGUGGGCUGGCGGCGGAUCCCGCGUGGCAGAUAUAUGGCGGGCAGCGGGCGAUGAACCCGUCCGUGCGCUCGCGCUGUCAAGGCUAACCCAUGCCCUUUAUCUGGCGACUGACAACAGAUUACGACAGCUGCCUUUGCAUGCCUGCGCCCAUCGUUACGACAGCUGUGUGCGGUGCGUACUAGAUCCGUAUUGUGGUUGGGACAAGGAAGUUGGAGCUUGUCGUCCUUACACCCCGGGGCUGCUUCACGAUGCCACUAAUUCAACGCCAUCUAUUUGUGAAGCCAGUGCUCCAUUGAAGACAGUGAGGGCCGGGUAUGGACAAAGCGUUCAUCUGGCUGCCUUCGCGAAGACUCCUCAAGCAUUGAGCGAUCAGAAUGUUGCUUGGUAUCAUCAUUCCAGGGAAAGAGGAAGAUACAAGAUCAGUUAUAAUUUCGAGCGAGUUCUGCUAACUUCGGAGCGGGGGCUGGUGUUGCUAGCUGUUACGGAAUCAGACCGGGGUCGGUACGAGUGCUACUUCGGGCCCACACUCGUAGCUUCCUACAAUUUAGAUAUCGAUAUUCACAGAUGUACGCAGCCGAAUAAAUCACAGGAAUACAGACAAGUGUACUCUGACUGGUGUCAUGAGUUUGAGAAGUAUAAGAGUGCCAUGAAAGCUUGGGAGUCCCGGCAAAUGCAAUGCUCGAAAAAUAUGAAUACAUCAAAUCAACAGAACAACUUGAGCAACGAGAUUGUAGCUUCACUACGGUGA